GACUCGAGAGUCUGAUAUCUUCAGCUCCGGCGACGACCGACGCUAUAAGAGUAGGAAGCAACGCGAAACGUCGGUGGCGAGGAUGUUCUUCCUCCGAACACUCCUCUCGGGCGUCAUCCCUAGGGCGGUCACUGGCCGCCCCUCCUCCACCCUCGCUUCCUCCGCGGCCACCGUCGAGGCCGAGAGGACCAUCCGCGACGGCCCUAGGAACGACUGGAGCAGAGACGAGAUCAAUUCGAUCUACGAUUCUUCCAUCCUCGAUCUUCUCUUCCAUGGCGCUCAAGUUCAUCGGCAAAGUCAUAAAUUUCGAGAGGUUCAGCAAUGCACUCUUCUAUCCAUAAAAACUGGGGGAUGUAGUGAAGAUUGUUCAUAUUGUCCCCAAUCAUCGAGGUAUGAUACUGGUUUGAAAGCCCAAAAGCUGAUGGGCAAGGACCCUGUCAUGGAGGCAGCAAAAAUGGCAAAAGAAGCUGGAAGCACACGUUUCUGCAUGGGUGCUGCAUGGAGAGAUACCAUUGGUAGAAAGACCAACUUCAACCAGAUCCUUGAAUAUGUGAAAGAAAUAAGGGCUAUGGGUAUGGAGGUAUGCUGCACCUUGGGCAUGAUAGAGAAACAACAAGCAGAGGAGCUUAAGCAAGCAGGCCUCACGGCUUACAAUCACAAUUUAGAUACUUCAAGGGAGUAUUACCCCAACAUCAUAACCACUAGAUCUUAUGACGAGCGAUUGAAAACACUUGAACAUGUCCGUGAUGCAGGAAUCAGUGUAUGUUCAGGAGGUAUUAUAGGCCUUGGAGAAUCCCAGGAGGAUCGCGUAGGACUUUUGCACACCCUAGCGACACUCCCUACACACCCUGAGAGUGUUCCUAUCAAUGCUUUGGUUGCAGUCAAGGGUACACCUCUUCAAGAUCAAAAGCCUGUUGAAAUAUGGGAGAUGAUUCGGAUGAUUGCGACCGCACGCAUCAUAAUGCCGAAGGCAAUGGUGAGACUAUCAGCGGGGAGGGUGCGGUUCUCCAUGCCCGAACAAGCACUCUGCUUCAUGGCUGGGGCCAACUCUAUCUUCACGGGAGACAAACUGUUAACGACACCAAACAAUGAUUAUGAUGCUGACCAGUCGAUGUUUAAAAUCCUUGGCCUGACUCCAAAAGCGCCAACCUUUGCUGAAUCAGAAACACCAGUUGAACUGGAGACAAGCAAGGAAGCAGUCUCUAGUUUUGGUUGAAGAAUGUGGGUUCAACUAGGUCAAUCACCUUGUUGAACUGGUCUCACCUAUUUUGAUAAAUUUUGUAUCCGUCUAGAUUCAUUUACUAGACAAGAUAGGUUUGUGCUGAAAUGCAGGUCUGACAUAAGUUGAACCAAGCCGAUCCUAUCUCCUUCUCAUCGAACUCAUUCAAGUUACCAGAAAACAACAUUGUAACUCUUCACUCUUCUGUAUUAUGAAAAUUGAGCAAUAAGAUAGUUGCAUAUUUUGCAGUUGA